AUGCGGUACACCAGGAGGGUGUCGGUCUGGCCGGUGGCGUUCGUUGGGGGGCUGCGCUAUGAAUCCCCAAAAGUGAGCCCAGCAGGGAAGGUGGUGGGCUGGAAAACCGUCUUUGACCCUCACCGGCCCUUCGCCAUCGACAUGGCCGGGUUUGCCAUCAGCAUCAGGCUGAUCCUGGAGAAGCCUCAGGCCAGUUUCAAGCUGGAGGGAGUUAAAGGAGGCUACCAGGAAACCAGUCUGCUGAAGGAUUUAGUGACCAUGGACGGGCUGGAGCCCAAAGCAGCCAACUGCACAAAGGUGUUGGUCUGGCACACAAGAACCGAGAGGCCCACCCUGGUCAACGAAGGCAAGCGUGGAUUUACAGACCCAAGAGUAGAGGUGUAA